CCAAAGUGAUUUGGCCAUUGGGGGAAUGAGUGGAUAGUAACAUAUGAACAUCAAUAUCAAUCUCAACCCAUAAGAUAUUCCUAUUUUUCUCCACACUCUAAUUCAAUCUCUACAUACUUUCUUGUGUUUCAACGAACAACAAUCAAAUUCAACCAAUUUCCCCACUUCUCAAAAUCAAAUUCAUCUCACAAAAAAAAAUGACAAUCCUAAACUAUGUGACAGUAUACUCAAGCGCAACACCAAUAUCACAAGACUCACCAACACCUUCACCACCUAACACAAUACCAUCAACUCCGCCGGCGCGGCCGCCUACCAAAAUCUUACUUCCGAACAAGAAGCCAGUUAAAUGGAGCACCGGCGUUGCGCCGGGUGAAUACGGUGGCCCACCCACCACCACCAAGCUCCGGAAGUAUUGGGGUGGAGAAAAGGAGGAUCCAAUUACAUCAUCUGACUUAAUUUGGAACAGAGAUUUUAUGCCUCAGAUGGAAAAGCUUGUUCAAGAUCAAUCUCUAGUUGAUGAUUCUUCUUUAUUUCCUUCUCCUCCUGUUGAGGAUUCCUCUGGAUUUCUAAGCCUGAAUAGAGUCAUGAGUCUUGACAGUUUAGAAGUUGAUCUAAGUGCUUCUCUUAAAGUAACUCCAAAACCAGCGGUAGAACAGCCAACUGCAACAGCCAAAAAUAUGCAAGUCCCUACUCAAAGAUGGAAACUGGCACCCACUAAGCGAGAGCAGGAGAAAUGGGAUAAAGCAACUAAGGCUGCAACUGGAGGCAGUGAUGUGAUGCUUCGUGAAAUAAGGCAGCCUCGGGGGGAUCCAGAAGUUCUAGCUGCCCAAUCAAGAGAGCAGUAUUAUAAGCUGAAGAACAAACUGCAACUGCUAACAGUGGGAAUCGGCGGUGUUGGAUUGGUUUCAUCUUAUGUUUCUUACACUCCAGAAAUCGCUAUAAGUUUUGGUGCUGGAUUUCUGGGUUCAUUGGCCUACAUACGGAUGCUUGGCAACAGUGUAGACUCUAUGGCCUCUUCAGGAUCUAGGAGAAUGAUCAAGGCAGCAGUUGGGCAGCCUAGGCUAUUGGUUCCAGUUGUGUUAGUCAUGAUCUAUAACCGUUGGAACGGGAUUGCGGUUCCUCAAUAUGGACUUAUGCACUUAGACUUGAUACCAAUGCUAGUAGGGUUCUUCACCUACAAAAUUGCUACUUUUGUACAAGCCAUUGAGGAAGCACUGACUAUUGUGGGGAAGAACUCAGAGUCAGACACUUGAGCUAUAUUCAGUACACUAGAUUUGCAAUACUAAUUUUUCAGAUUAAAAACAGCGGCUUGGAGGCAUUCUCCAUUAAUCAUGAAACAUCUGCAAGUAUGCAUCUACCGGCCUACAGCACAGAAAGUAUGAGAAAUCUAGUUAUUACAUUAAUAUUACAAUUAUAAUAUUAUAAUGUAAGGAUGUUUGAUGUAGUGCAGUAAACGUUGUGUGAAGAAUGAAUAGAUUGGUGACAAAAACCUACACUCAAAACAACUUCACACAUUCCAA